UCCCCAGGGGCAGGGGCAGGGGCAGCCGCGGCGCGGUGUUGGUGUCCGCAGCAUCCCGGCGCCGGGGCUCUGGUAGCUGCACGCCUGGGCUUUCUGUCUCCUCCCCUCUCCCGCCCUCACCUCCACGCGGGACUGCCUGGCCCAGUCAACUCUGUGCACUUUGCCCCUUGCUGGCGGCGGAUAAAAGGUGUCUGAGGAAAUACGGGACACGGUCACCCACUGCCAGCUCUAGCCUUUAAAUCCUCAGCUCGGGGAGAUCCACGCACAGCGGGUCGGGCCCGGACACCCAGCCGGCGCGCACGCCGCAGAGCCACCGAUCGCUGCGCACUAGCGGGCUCCGGAGCAGAAGUCCACCCUCUGUCCUCGCGGUGCCGAACUCCGCUCGGCAGCCUCAGUCCUGGGAAAGUGAUCCCGGCCUCCGAGAUCCAAGAUGCCGGCCCACUUGCUGCAAGAGGAGAUCUCUAGCUCCUACACCACCACCACCACCAUCACAGCGCCUCCCUCCAGGGUCCUGCAGAAUGGAGGAGGCAAGUUGGAGAAGACACCCCUCUACUUGGAAGAAGACAUCCGCCCUGAUAUGAAAGAUGAUAUAUAUGACCCAACCUACCAGGAUGAGGAGGGUCCAAGACCCAAGCUUGAAUAUGUCUGGAGAAACAUCAUCCUUAUGUCUCUUUUACACCUGGGAGCCCUGUAUGGGAUCUUAUUGAUCCCCACCUGCAAGAUGUACACCUGGCUGUGGGGAUUAUUCUACUAUUUCAUCAGUGCUCUGGGCAUAACAGCAGGAGCCCAUCGCCUGUGGAGCCACCGAACUUACAAAGCCCGGCUGCCCCUGCGGCUCUUCCUGAUCAUUGCCAACACCAUGGCAUUCCAGAAUGAUGUUUACGAAUGGGCCCGUGAUCACCGAGCCCACCACAAGUUUUCAGAAACAGAUGCUGAUCCUCAUAAUUCCCGACGCGGCUUUUUCUUCUCUCAUGUGGGUUGGCUGCUUGUGCGCAAACACCCAGCCGUCAUAAAGAAGGGGGGUACACUGGACUUGUCUGACCUAAAAGCUGAGAAAUUGGUGAUGUUUCAGAGGAGGUACUACAAGCCCGCCGUUGUGGUUAUGUGCUUCCUCCUGCCCACAUGGGUGCCCUGCUAUUUCUGGGGUGAAACCUUUCUGCACAGCGCUUUGGUUGCCACGUUCCUGCGUUACGCUGCAGUACUCAAUGCCACCUGGCUGGUGAACAGCGCCGCCCACCUCUACGGAUAUCGGCCUUAUGACAAGAACAUUAACCCCCGGGAAAAUAUCCUGGUGUCCCUGGGAGCUGUGGGUGAAGGCUUCCACAACUACCACCACACCUUCCCUUAUGACUACUCCUCCAGUGAGUACCGCUGGCACCUCAAUAUAACCACCUGCUUCAUCGAUUGCAUGGCUGCCCUCGGCCUGGCCUAUGACCGGAAGAAAGUAUCCAAGGCCACCGUCUUGGCCAGGAUUAAAAGAACUGGAGAUGGAUGCUGCAAGAGUGGCUGAGUUUUGGGUCCCUCAGGUUCCAUUUCCAAAAGCCAGCUGGGCAGAGGUUUAAUGUUCUGUUUAUUAACUACUGAAUAAUGCUACCAGGAUGCUAAAGAUGAUGAUGUUAACCCAUUCCAGUACAGUAUUCUUUUAAAUGCAAAAGUAUUGAAAGCCAGCAACUCUGCCUUUAUGAUGCUAAGCUGAUAUUCUUAUUUCUUCUCUUAUAUUCUCUCUCCUCUAGUCCCACAUUGUCCUCUUUGCUUUGUUCCUAUCACCUUCCUUUCUCUUAUCCCUCAUUGCCUCCCGGGCAAGCAGCUGGUCAGUCAUUGGUCAGUGUCCAGCUUCCAAAGCUUAGACAACCUUUCCAUAGUCUUAAACUAAUGGUCUCUGCCCUAGAUAAUUCUCUUUUCUUGAGCUAUUGUGAGCUUUAAGGUAGGUAGCUCAAGCUAGAGACACAACAAAAUCUUCUGGGCAGUUCUCUGUUCAUUAUCUUCAGCCCAGGCUUUUGUUAGAUAGAAUGGAAAAAACUUCAUUUGGCACAAGGCUUCUAAAGCAGGUGAAUUGUAAAGGGAGACAGUUAGCAUGCACGGUAUGAUUGGUAAGGAACGAUGGGGUCGAGGUGGGAAAACAAGGCAAGAGGAACCUCUUGCCAUGGUUAGACAUGCCAUUGCCCACCUAGCGAGGCCUCCGAGCCCCACCACGAAGCAUGCUUCCUUUCUCUCCUGACCGAGCAGGGAAUGGUGUGGAGUUUGGCAAUGCUAAAACACAAGAACAAAUCUCAACCUCUGGACAUAGUUUAGGCUAAGGUUAAAGAUGAAGCAUUUAGUUUCUCUUCUGGGAAGGAUUUUUUUUUCUCUAAUCACAAGAUUUCUUGGUUGACAUAUCAAGAAGUCUUGAGGCUGGAUGUUUCCACAAUUGGUGAAUACAGCAGCUCAUAGAAUUUGAGGAUUCCAUGAGCUGCUCAUCACAAUUCUUGCAUCUUUCUGCUCUGCCAUCUUCAGGAUAUGGGUUGCUCCCCUCAUAGUAAUAAGAGGUUGUGGCAUUUCCAAACAUCCAAAAAAGGAAGGAUUUUCAGAGGUGGAGUUGAGCCAAACACAGACGUAUAUAUACAUGAAUACUUUGCUUAUAACAUUAAAAUAUUUCACUUAAGAGUAUUUCCCUCUGAAAGAGGAAUGUUUGAAGGAACUCUGAGGGAGAGGAGGAAUUAGCUGGGUUGUCUAUUAACGCCCCCGCCCCGGCCCCCCCGCCUCCACUGCUGGACAGGAGAUAGGUAGGUUAAGGGCAAGUUUGUAGGCAGUUCCUAAGAGGUAACUAUACAAAGGAAGGGCUCUGAGAACAACACAUCACCGGAGAUCCAGGAGGUUACUGAGUAAGUUAUUGGGUAUCUUAAUAAAACAAGCUAGAUGUUAGGUUCAUUCAUUAGUUCCAAUUUCUCCUUGGAAUGAGUAAAAACUAGAAGGCUUCUCCCCACAACGUUGUGCCCUUCCAUUCCUCUGUUAACAUCUAGCCUAAAGCAUAGGGCUGCCUGGGGUUUAAGUUAGGAAUCUCUUUACUACCCUGAUUCUUGAUGCCUGGUCUAUCCCAUCUGUCCCUUUUCUCCUACCAGUUCUCUCUCCUGUGACAUUUUCUUUUUUCUCUGGACAGGCAGCCUCCUUCAUGUGAAUUCAGAGGCAGUGACAACUUGCUGUCCAGGCAGCUCCCUCUCCUGCAGACAGAAUGCUCAGGGUCACUGAACCACUGCUUCUCUUUAGAAAGUAGAGCUAGCUGCCACUUUCAUGUGGCCUCCAGAGUGUCUCCACCUAACCCCUGUGCUCCCCUACCACACUGAUGGCUCAAGACAAGGCUGGCAAAACCCUCCCAGCAACAUCCCUGACUCAGAGAGGCUCUCUCACGAGGCAUGGCCAAGCCAAAUGCUCGUGUUGUGCCAGUGAGCUAGCCGUGGAGCAAAGAGGGUUUGUUUUCAGUUCCCUCUGUCUGAAUCAGAACCAGAGAGCACACCGAAUGCUCCCUGCUUGCUCAGUAAGGCUGCCCCGCCUGAGUCAGUGCUCCCAGCGGACAGUUCAAUGCUUAUAGAAGUAGGAGGAAACCCAGUCCUCCCUGAGAAACACAAGAAACAAGGGCAAGUACCCAAGUGCCUCACUUCGAAAGGAGGCCCUGUUCCCUGGAGUCAGGGUAUGUUGGAAAGCUUUGGCCGAGACUUGGGAUCUGAGAUGCCAUGUACUUUGCUGAAUAGUCUCUGUUCAGCAAACUAACCAGCAUUCCCGAAAACACAGCCUACGGCAGACAAUAGUAUAGAAGAAGUCUGGAAAAAAACAGAACAUCCAUGUUUUGAGAAACCUGGACUAGCCUUGUCCCUGUACCUCAGUCUGGCUUUGCUCUGACGAGAUUGGAAAUGUACAAUACCAGAUGCUCUGCCCACUGUUGAGCCCCGGUGGUGGAAAGGAGGAGGGCCUUUCUUCCCGUGUUGAUUGAAUAGAGGCUACAGGGGUUAGCCUGGGCUAAAGGCAUCCUCAUCUUUUGAGCUGUUCGUCUCAGUAGGAAAGAAUCUAAUGGCAGAUCACUGUAGUUUAGAUCUGCUGACCUGUGUGCCUAUCCCUUGGAAAUGUCUGUUGGGUACUUUUAAUUCCACAGGUCAUCAGAUGCCUGCUUGAUAAUAUAUGAACAAUAAAAAGAGCUUUCACUUC